GAAAAAAAUAAUCAGCUGAUGGAAUAAUACCACCUUAUGUGAAUUUGCCUUGGCAAAAUAUUUGCAAAAUUUUUGGGUAUCAGUUCUCCCGAGAAUUUCGAUUGCGCAACCUCGUUGAACUUGGAGAGAAAUAUUGGAAUCAGACGUGCAAUAUGACCAUUCAACGUAUUAUUUACGCUUUUGGACAUCGCACCUUGCCUUUGUUGGCAAACAAUAGUCCUGUUAGUGCGCAAGCCAUAAGAAAAAUGUCGGCUUCAGUUUUGGCUACAGAAUCCUCGGAUAAAGGAAUGAUUAUUUUGAAUCGUCCUAAGGCAUUGAAUGCCAUCAAUUUGGAUAUGGUGCGCAAAAUCUAUAAACACUUAAAGAAAUGCGAAACCACCAAGUCUUUGAUGAUUAUUAAGGGUACCGGCGAGAAGGCUUUCUGUGCUGGCGGUGAUGUACGUGCUGUGGUCGAGUCUGGCCCCAGUGAAGAGUCAAAGAGUUUCUUCCGUGAAGAAUACACCACAAAUGCCUUAAUUGGCAACUACACCAUACCCUAUAUUGCACUUAUCGAUGGCAUUACCAUGGGUGGUGGUGUUGGUUUGUCUGUUCAUGGCAAAUAUCGUGUGGCCACCGAACGUACAUUAUUUGCCAUGCCCGAGACAGCUAUUGGCCUGUUUCCCGAUGUCGGUGGCUCAUAUUUCUUGCCACGUUUACAGGGUAAAUUAGGUCUCUACUUGGGUCUUACCGGUGUUCGUCUAAAGGGCGAAGAUGUUUUUAAAGCAGGUAUUGCUACCCAUUACUGCGAAAGUUCGAAAAUAGCCGAUUUGGAAACAGCUUUACUCAAUUGUCCCGACGCUGAUGAAGUGCCAGAAAUUUUAAACAAAUUUAAUAAUCCUUCACCAAAACCUUUUGCCUUGGAACCACAUUUAGAUCAAAUCAAUAAAUGUUUUGCCGGUGAAAGUGUAGAAGAAAUUAUUGAAAAUCUCAAGCGUGAUGGCAGUGAAUGGGCAACAAAAACUAAGGAGGUCCUACUUAAAAUGUCGCCCACCUCAUUGAAGGUGACAUUCCGUCAAUUGGAAUUGGGAGCUAAAUUAUCUUUGCCACAAUGUCUUAAUAUGGAAUACCGUAUUGUGGUGCGUCAUUUGGAGAACAGUGACUUCAAAGAAGGUGUACGCGCUCUACUCAUUGACAAAGAUCAAAAGCCCCAAUGGAAUCCCAAGACUUUAGAAGCCGUAACUGAAGAACGUGUACAAUCGUUCUUUGCCAAAUUGCCCGAUACCGAAGAAUUGAAAUUGUAAAUUAAAGUUUUGCUUUUAAGUUUUCUAGCAGAUUAUUGCUUGUUUUUUUCGAUUUUUUUUGUUUAAUUUCUAUAUGUUUUGUGGCAAACUUGCAAGUUACCAAGUAAUGCUUAAUAUUUUAUAUUUGUAUUGAUAUGCUUUUAUAAACCUUUAAAUAGGUUUACUAUUAUUUGUUAUAAACAUUCGAAUUGUUUUUUAGUUUUGCUUAUCAUCAUUUUUAAUUGGCUUUUAUUCAAUCAAUAUUUAGUUUUAUAUGUUUUUGUACUUUGUCUUAAGAAAUUACUAAAUUAUUUCUAUUAUUUUUAUUCUUUUAACAUUCUCUUUCCGCAGGACCAAAUAAAUUUACCCUCUGAAUAUCUACAUACAAAAUUAACCUUAAAAAA